AUGGCUUCUUUCUUCAAGUCAAAUUUAAUCAUAACCAUACUUAUUAUUGUUUCUCUUCCAUACGGUAAUCAUUAUAGUGUUGAAACACCUGUUCCCUCGGUGCGAGCCCGUUUUUCGCUAAUCCUUGAGGCAUAUUUGCGUUGUUCUGGCCGACGUACAUUGGCACUAUUCCGCCAAUUUCAGAUGACCCGUGCGCUUCGUCAGCUUAGCCAGCUUGUCACUUCGUCAUCAGCCAACUCCUCUUCUAUCUCUCACUCUCCUAACUCAGGUUACAGUACAACCGAGGAUUUUGGCUUGCCCGCCGAUUCGUUUCCCAAUACACGUCAACCUCUAUCGACUACAUCACCCUAUUAUAUGCAUGAAACAGCACUACCAAUGGCAACCAAUUAUGUUUCUGUAGAUGUUGUCGACACAAAUAUGACUUUAAUGUCUUCAAGUAUUAGAAGCCUAGUCACCAACACAGAAAUGCCUAGGCAAGUCUGCACGCCGGCUCGAUGGGGUCUGAAGUCAUGUGGGGCUGGCACCGGCACAGAAAUGGGAUUUAUGCCAGGGGAUAUAAAGAGCUCGGAUAGAAUGAUGGCUAUUAACCUUUUGCGACGCCGUCUCGCAGAACCCGCAUUCAAUGAGUCGCUCUCUGAAGUCCCUUCACCACUUGCUCCUGAAGUAUUACUAAAGUUAACUACGUAA